AUGGGGGGGUUUACUAAUCCAAAUGCUUUAGAGCUUGUUACUGAGAUUUUGAAUCACAAAAGAUAUGCAUAUAUAUUUUAUUGGUACUACAUAUAUUUUUCACAGUCAUGCAAGAAGGAUCGAGAGUCAAUGGAUGACAUCAACCAAUUUUUUGAUAAAGCAUUCAAAGGAAAUGGAAUAGUUUCUGCCCUGAAAGUCAGAAAUAUGACCAUAUGUUUUUCUGUUCAGAAAAGAAGGAGCCUGGAAAGGAUUUGUCAUCCCAAGCACUUUAACUCGACUUUAGUAGAUCGUGCUGUCAAGUCUGCAAUUGACCAGAAGGCGAUAAAAACUCUGGUUCCAGUCCUCUCAGUGUGUCCAGACAUUGAGUUUGAAUUCAUUUUGGGAAGCACUAAUUUGAGUCAGAUUGUCAAAGCCUGGCUAUAA